AUGCAGGCAAUAUCGCCGACCUUGCCCUCGAUCACCGAGAAGACGACUCCUUUUCCCUGUGGAACCGGUGUGAAGAUUGCCGAUGAACGUGUUGAUGACACACAGGCCGACAUUGACCAGCUCUGCCAGAAUAUCACCAACAUGCAAGCCAACAUGUACCUGAUCCUGCAGGAACAAGCGCGUUUGAUCAAAGAUCAAGGGGACACGAUCGAGGCCCUCAAAAAGCACAACAACCUGCCGGCCACGGGUGCCACUGCUCUGUCGACCGACGCUGCUACGUUGGAUGCCCUUACUCAAGCAGUUCAGGCCCUUCAUGAUCGAGUCACUGCCAUUGAGCUCACGGUCAACAAGGCUGUGCUUUUCGGUGAUCAGCAAGGGCAAUCUGACAUCUCGGUAGCCGCAAACUCGAUAAAGAUGCAAGACAGGGAGCGCGAAAAUUUCAACAAGUGCUUGGAUGAAACCCUCCGUGAUUGCGCACGGGACCAUGGCGCUAUCAAGCGCUCCCUGGAUGGCUUCCUCGCGGUGUAG